AUGCAGAACGGGUUGCAGAAAAGCUUUGAGGAUGGCAAUUUCAAACUCUUCGUCACUGGCCUAAAAGACAGCACCUCUGUCACAGUUGCCGUCUACAAGACCAAGUUCCUAAGGGACUUCGCUGUCAAGCGUGGUGAGACCGUGCCAGUACAGUUGCCAAGUAACAUCGAAAUGGUUGGAAGCAACACAUUCCACUCUGCCGUCAUCGUCAGGGCCUCCCAUGAUGUCACGGUCCUCUCACUUAGCUCCAAACCCAACUCAGUUGCCACCACAGUUGUCUACCCCAGGUAUUUACUUGGGAAUACUCACUACGUGGUGACACCUUCUGGAGAGCCUUCCAAGGGCUUCCAGGAGUUCUCCGUGGUAUCCAGCCAGGACCCUACUCAAGUCUUCAUCUAUGUCACCGGCCAAGUGACUUUCCAUGGGGUGACUUAUGGGCCAGGAAGCAAGCUCGUUGUCUCCCUUGAAGCUUACCAAGCUGUCCAGAUCCAAAGCCACCAGGACCUUUCUGGCACCAAAGUGGUCUCCCACAAGCCAGUUGUAGUCUUGUCUGGCCACAGUUGCAUUUGGGCACAUGACAAUUGCCAGCAUGUUUUUGAGCAACUGCUGCCCAUCCGGAAAUGGGGCAAAGAAUUCUUGGUAGCCCCACUGCCCUUCCAGACCAAUUACGAUGUGGCCUAUGUGGCUGCUUGCCAGACAACACACCUCCAAAUCCGUUCUGGCACCCAUCAUGCCAAGCACCAGUUGCAAGAUGGGCAGGUGAUUGCAGUUGAAGUGAGAGCCCAAAAGCCCCUGUACAUCUCUUCCAAUGUGGGUGUCCAAGUGCUGUUCUACGCCACAGGAGGGGUCAAAGAGGGUGUUCCCUAUGACCCCUUCCUCUCUGGUGUCCCUGCAAUGUUUGACUACUCCAAAUCCUACGGCAUCCUGGGUCAGGAAGGCUUCCACAACCUGGGACUCAUUGUCGCAGAGAGCAGAACUUGCCAGAGCAUUACCUUAGACAAGCAACCACUGCAUUAUGCACACUGGCGGGUCAUACCAGGCACUUCCUACUCCUGGACUGAGUUCUUCUUCAGUGGGCACCAGGCAAUGCACUUUGUAGAACACCCCAAGUCUACCUUCAGCCUUCUGAGCAUUGGGGUCGCCCCACACAAUAGCUAUGGCUCUGUGGCCUUUGCCAUCCAUUGUAAGUCCUGCCUUCCUUCCUCCUUUCCAUCCUUCCUGUUACAUGCUGCACAUCCAGAGUUCCCCUGAUGUAUCCAAGAUCUCAAAGUCAUCUCCAGCUGCCAUAUCUAUUUCUUCUUAUUAACCUAUAU